AUGGAGAGUGAAUCGAGAGCUGAUAGUAUCAACGAGGGCGAGGUUGUAAACGCCACCGAAAGCGAGGAGGUAAAGUCCACCGUGGGCGAGGAUGUAAAGAAUGCCGUGAAUGAAGACGAAAAAAUAGACACUACAGACGCAGGUGACAGUGACAGCCACGGCGGUGAUAAGGGAAACAGCGAUGCCGAUCAACUUGAUAACAAACACCCAAGUGAAUAUCUGGAAUUUAGCGAAGAUGCUGACGCACUGAAAGAAGAACUUGAUAGGAUAAUUGUUGUGCUACCUGAUACAGAAGCGCAGACAAGACAAGAGGAGUUGUUUGACCCUGCAGAGUUCCCAUUUUCUUACAAAGAUAAUCUGCCAAAAGAACAGUUAACCUUGCAGUUUGUUGAAAACUUUCGUCGCCAGUAUGUGCAUCUGUAUCAAGAUCGUAAACCGUUAUUCCUCAAUCCUGUUAAUGAAUGUGGUGUGGAGAAAUUUGUGUGUACCACCGUUCGACCAACAUUACUGCCAUACAAAGAACUCAACACCUGGGAUGGUGCGGCUGAAUUUGUUGCAGUCUAUCUUAACUUUGAUACACUGGAACCUCCAUAUGAGCUGCCAACAAGACUUAUUUCUCCAGCUACCAUUUUGAAGCGACAAAGAGGCAACUGUUUUGAAUACAGCACUCUGCUAUGCUCAAUGCUUAUUGGUGCAGGGUAUGAUGCUUACGUUGUGAGUGGAUAUGCCACCAGGGAAACAUGUCUGGCUGAUGAAUCCAGAGAAAUCUGUCCACUUCUGAAGAAGAAAGAUGAGAAAAAGGAAGAAGUGCAGAAGAAGCAAAUAAAAAAGUAUACAGUGAAGCCACCCAAAGAUUUACUAAGCAGAUUUGAACUGAAAAUGGAAGCAAGGAAGAAAGCAGAACUGAAGGCAGAAGAAGAAAAACAAAAAGCUGAACUGGAGCGAAGACAGGCAGAACUGGAAAAGCCGCCUCCAGAUCCUCUUCAUGGUCUUCGCAUUCAUUCAUGGGUUCUUGUCUUAUCAGGCAAGCGUGAAGUACCAGAGACGUUCUUUAUUGAGCCUUUCACUGGACUUUCUCAUACGUCUAACUAUGAAGCGUAUCUUGGAAUUGAGUCCUUGUGGAACCAUAGCAACUAUUGGGUCUGCAUGCAAGACUGUUCAGAUGGUGUUGCAAAAUUAAACUAUGAUCUCGGAGACUGUACCCUGUGGGAAUAUAUGUUUCCAAACCUAGACAAGCCACAGCUUCUCAUUCCUGAGCCAGUUGAAGAUGAAUAUACAGACAGAUUUGAUGAUGAAGACGAG